GUGCAUUUACAAUAUAUUUUUUAACCCCACAGAUUGAAAAAGUGAAUGGAAGAGUCACCAGAAGAGCUUCAAGAAGGGCAUCUUGUAAGGGUUUCUAAUCAAUGUGAUGGAGCGUUGUGGGUUUGAUUGUGCAGUUUAAACUCUCCCCCCAAUCGGUAAAAAAUGCAACUUGAUUCCUACCCUCAACACCAUGUUCGCAUGAUUUCAUUCUAAUUUCAAUUCAACUAAUUGAAAUUGAAAGUUUUAAAAAAUUGAUGAAUCUUUGAUCCAUUAUCAUUAUCAUGGGUUUGCCAAGGUUUGGUCGUCCAAAGAACGAUGGUGAAGUGAGCCCAAACCUAUUUGUAGCAAAUUGUGGACCAGCUGUGGGACUUUCUCAUGAUGACAUUGCUUCUGUUUUCUGCAAAUUUGGAGAACUGAAUGGAGUUUAUGGUGCAGAUGAGAGUGGCACACGUGUUAUUGUAUCUUAUUCUGAUUUGGGUUCUGCUCAAGCUGCUAUGAUGGCAUUGCAUGGACAACCAUGUUCUGAACUUGGAGGUCGUUCUUUGUAUAUUCGUUAUUCAGUGCUUCAGCCAAAUCCACAGGAUCAAGUGAAGGACUUGGUUCCUAUAUCUAUGACAGCCUCAGAUCUGAACAUUCCAGGCAUUUACCUAGUGCAUGACUUCGUUAGUGCUAAAGAAGAAGAGGAUUUGCUGCAAGCGGUUGACUCUAGGCCUUGGAAUUGUCUUGCCAAAAGAAGGGUUCAACACUAUGGUUAUGAGUUUUGUUAUGAUAUUAGGAAUGUAAAUACAAAGCGAUGCUUAGGUGAGCUUCCCUCAUUUCUUUCUCCAACACUUGAAAGGAUAUCAUCAUGUCCAGCUUUCAAGAAUGCCGAUAGUAUAGUUUUGGACCAACUUACGGUAAACGAGUAUCCACCUGGAGUCGGUUUGUCCCCUCACAUAGACACCCACUCUGCAUUUGAAGAUUUAAUUUUCAGCCUUUCAUUAGCAGGGCCUUGUAUAAUGGAAUUCAGACGAUAUGAAGAUGGUGCUCAACUCCCUAGAGUUGCCUCAAGUACUGUUACAAAAGUAGAAAGUCCAGAAGAUGGUUCUAAUUUUAUAAGGAAGGCUAUCUAUCUCCCCCCUAGAUCAUUGCUACUCAUAUCCGGUGAAGCACGAUAUGCAUGGCAUCAUUAUAUUCCACACCACAAGAUAGACAAAGUAAAUGGAAGAGUCAUCAGAAGGGCUUCGAGAAGGGUAUCUUUUACACUUCGUAAGGUUAGAACAGGUUUGUGCAAAUGUGAAUAUCCUCAGUAUUGCGAUUCUCGAAAAUGAGGUUUCGCCGAAAUGGCAAGAAGGAUUAAAAUGUAAUGCAUCAAAUAUCUGUUCUUGAGAGUUGGGAUGAAUAUAAUCUGAGGUGAUGGUCCUGCUGAUGAAUCGGUUUUACUCAACAAACUUGCAAUCAUAACAACCAAGAAUUGAAAUCAAUAGUUUGAUGGGAAGACCAUGAUUUAUGAGCUAAUUUUGCGAAGAAAAAUAUUUUGGUUUCACUUCAUUUUCUUGGUAGGAGACAUGAUUGACAUGAAUAAUCCAACCAUUUUCUAGUUGUAGUCAUACAUGAUUCUAGUUGCAAGUAUAUUAGCUUUCACGGAUCAGAUUUAUAGCUAUUUCUGGAUAUGCAUAUCCAUUCAACUUGGGUCAAUGUUGUACUAGAAUUAGUCUAGCGAUUCAAUUUGCUAGCUGUUUAUGUCCAACAUUCAGAUGGUGUAUACUUACCUUAUUUAGAAACAAAAAAUAUGAAUUUGGAUGACAGACUGGAAUCCAAUUAGUUAUCUUGCCUUUCCAUGUAGGUUUUCUCUUUAAUCAGAUAAAAUUGCAACGAUGGUUUUCUCCUUC